AACGCAGCAUGUAACAGUCUACGUGAGCUGCAUCUCAUUUACAGCUGGCAGUGGGUGACAUGCAGUCAGCAUCUGAAUUUCCUGUUGCAUGAAAUGAGACUUGUUUUUGCACAGCUGUUUAGCUUGUGUAUUUUCUAAACAGCGUUGGAUAUGAAAAGACCUCCCAACUUACUUUGUCAACAACGGGCUGUUUGCCACUGAAACACCGACUGAUGUGACUCUGUGGUGGAUUUGUGAGGGCUGUACGGUUUAAAAAGCCUCGGGUUAUGCUCGGUCCACAGUUGAUAUGCACGCGCCCAGCCGGCCGGACUACGUGUCUAUCCACUUCACUGGACAACAGACAGGGAGCUACAAUAAUGGCAAGCAGUGGAGGAGACAGUCGUACUGGAGGAAAUGGAAGCAGCUGUCCAGGCUACAGCGGAGUCUUUUCCUCUUCAUGCUUGUACUGCUUUUCAUCUGUGGCCUGGCUUCCUAUUCUUCUGUUACCAAGCAGCUCCGAGGUUUUACAGUGAGAGAGCAGGAGACGGAGAGCAACAUCCUUCUGAAACCCUUCAAACCUCAUGUGCUGCCGGAGCCUGUCAGACAGGGCCAAGACCCGCUGCCUGAACAGCCCUCUCAGAGGAAAUUAUCCAAUAAGAGAGGACCUCCUGUCCUUCCGAACCGUCUUCAGAAGAAAGGAAACACAUCUAAUAUCCUGUCUGAAGUCAAGGCAGCUGACAUCAAGAAGGAGGGAGACGAGGAGAGAGUCAUCAGCUGGCGUGGGGCGGUGAUCGACACUGUCCAGGUCACAGAAGGUGGCAAAUAUGGAGAAAACAAGGAGGACUCUCCUGGCAACCGGAAUGUCAACCAGUCAAAAGUUUUAGAGACAGAGCGGAUGGAGGCAGUGCGGGAAGCUUUUAGACAUGCCUGGAAGGGUUACAAAGAAUAUGCCUGGGGCCACGACGAGCUCCGGCCCGUCUCCAGGUCCUACAGCGAGUGGUUCGGGCUCGGCCUCACGCUGAUCGAUGCCCUGGACACCAUGUGGAUCCUGGAGCUCAAGCAGGAGUUUGAAGAAGCCAGGGAAUGGGUUGCCUCAGAGCUCACCUUCAACAAAAAUGUUGAUGUUAAUCUGUUUGAAACUACCAUCCGUAUCCUGGGAGGCCUGCUGAGCACCUACCACCUGACCGGAGACAGCCUCUUCCUGGAUAAAGCUAAAGACAUUGGCUCCAGGCUGAUGCCAGCCUUCAACACACAGUCCAAGAUUCCCUACUCUGAUGUAAACAUUGGGAAAGGCACCGCCCACCCACCUCGCUGGACCUCUGACAGCACUGUGGCUGAAGUUACAAGCAUUCAGCUGGAGUUCAGGGAGCUCAGCAGGCUUACCCAGGAACCUCAGUACCAGGCUGCAGUAGCUGAAGUCAUGAAUCAGGUCCACAAGCUAGAAGGCAAGCUGGACGGUCUUGUUCCCAUGUUCAUCAACACCAACAGUGGACAGUUCACCCAUCAAGGCAUCUACACACUGGGAGCCAGAGCAGACAGCUACUAUGAAUACCUGCUGAAGCAGUGGAUCCAAGGUGGCAAGAAGGAGAACCAGUUUUUGGAAGACUAUCUGCAGGCCAUUGAAGGUGUAAAGAAGAACUUGCUGCAGAAAUCUUCACCAAACGGUCUUGUUUUUGUUGGAGAACUCUCCCAUGGACAGUUCAGUCCUAAAAUGGAUCAUCUGGUAUGUUUCCUCCCCGGCACUUUGGCCCUCGGUGCUCAUAAUGGCCUCCCUGCUGAUCACAUGGACCUGGCCAAGGAGCUGAUGCACACCUGCUAUCAGAUGUACGUCCAGAUGGAGACUGGCCUCAGUCCUGAGAUUGUUCACUUCAACAUGCACCAGGGCAGUAUCAGAGACAUUGAUGUAAAGCCUGCAGACAGACACAAUCUUCUUCGACCAGAGACUGUGGAGAGUCUCUUCUAUUUGUACAGGUUCACUAAAGAUCGCAAAUACCAGGACUGGGGCUGGAAGAUUCUACAAAACUUUAACAAAUACACCAAGGUUUCCUCUGGUGGCUACACAUCCAUCAACAACGUGUGUGAUCCAGAUUAUCCCAGUCCCAGAGACAAGAUGGAGAGCUUCUUCCUGGGAGAGACCCUGAAAUAUUUCUACCUGCUCUUCUCCGAGGACGCUGACCUCAUCAGUCUUGACAAGUACGUCUUCAACACCGAGGCUCACCCACUGCCCAUAUGGCCUCCGGCUGAGCCACAGCCACUGUGAACCAAAACACUUCUCAGGGUUGGUAUGACACCAGAACCACCUCUGUCUGUGUAAGUAGCAGAAUGACAUCAGAAGCGUAAACCAUGAAAACUGGCUCCUUUAUGCUACCCAGACUUUGCUACUAUUGAAAAGUCAAAUCAUAUUCAUGGCUAAGCCUUUGUUUAUUUGUUGGACUGGUUGGUUUUGUGCUGGUGAUGAUCAGAUCCUGACCCUGACCUUGAUCAGGAGGAACUGUGGAGGGUGGGUUGAUCACAGCUGGGCCAAGUUCUACAACAUCCACUUUGGAACUACCUGACAUUUUUUUUUAUUUUCAGAAAUGGUUUCUAGACUUUUUUUCUACUGUUAUUAAAAACAAAGUAUCUACCUUGCAGCUGUGAGCGACUGCAGGCUCGUCGUCUCCACAUUCCAAGCAAGCGGAACGGUUUCUCUCCCAGGAACAGGAAGCAGUUCUCAUCAUGAGCCAUUUGGUGAGACUGAAGCUGUUUUUAGCCGUCCCUAGAGCUUCCUGACAGGCGCACAGCUGUGCUGCAUUCAUGUCAUUCAGCUGCAGCUUCUUUAACACGUGUCCUGAUUGUUGAAGAUCUAAUAGAAAAUAUAGAAUUUCUCUCUGUAUUUGAGCUGCUACCUUUUAUUUGACUGAAAAUCAAUGCAAAUUAUGCAACAUUAAUACUGAGGACAUCUAUUAUUACAGGAAGGUCCAAAUGCCUCAUAAAUGAGAAAUCAAAAUGCUCCUUUACAAAGCAGCAAAUUAGUGUUUAGUAAGGCGGUUAGUUUGGGUCCAGUCACCUUACGCUAGUUUGUUCCUCCAUUUUCUCCCCACAGUGUACCAUUUCAUCACGCACUACUGUUUCUGUUUCACACCCAUGUAGUGUAGUUAUCAUGGUAAUCUUUAUAGUUCAGUCUUUCCACUGAUUAUGGUUCUGACCCUUGUACACUCCAAUUGACUUAAAAUGUCAGAGGUUACGACCUCUUGAUCAACCACUUUAGCUAUGAGGCCCACCCUGCUUAUGGUAUAUAGCUUAUGGUGCCAGAACCACAUGACCUCACAACACACCUACACAGGACAGGUGGAGAAACUGACCAUAUAUGGUGACUCUGGAGAGGUCAGAGCAGAACGUCCUGCAGCACUGCUUCUUUGAUUUGAAAGUCGUGCAGAAAAGUUUAGCUACAAAUGUGCAAAAUGACCAACACUUAAGAAAUGCGUUGAUUACCUACAGGUUUUUUUUUUUUUAGCACAUCUUUACUUCUGUUAAACAGCUAAAUUAGCCAGUCUUAACUUCCAGGGGAAUGUUUGACCUCUUCCAUAAGCUGUUGCCAAGUUUACUAGUUCAGAUCAACAAGCACCAGUUGGCUUCAGUGGUUAGUGGGUGUGGCAAACAAUAAGACCGAUUUUGUUCAUAAACUGUUUUAAAAAGCUGUACUGCAUCAGAAGGAUGGAGUGUUGCAGAUCUGAGUAGCCAGCUCCUCCUGGCACUUCUUGCCUAUCUUUGGAUGGGCUGCUCCGAUACCGCCUUUAAGAUGCAUUUAAACAGCAUGAAGUUUCCGAGAUAAUAAAAGUGAAGACACACUCUUUGCAGGACCCAGAGUAAGUGGUUCUGGCUCCAGUUUCCCACUGUGGACUCAGCAAACACUGUUUACCUACUGACUUUUUCUGUUUCACUCCUCCUGACAUGAAUGCAGCAUCUGUGGUUGAUGCUUGGCGUAACAAAACUGCAAGAACAUUAAAUCUUCAACAUAUGUCGUGGUUUCUAGUGAAAUAAGAUAAAACUUAAAAGUAACUUUUCAGGAGCUUGUUUGAAGUCCAUAAUUUUUGAAUAUUUAUAAAAAGUACUAACUUUGCUGGCAGAUUUUUUUUUUUUUUUUUUACAACAUGGGAAAAUGUCUAGUUAGAAGUGAAAAACUCUGACAGUGAUACCAGUAUGUUUUAAUCAAUAUUGAAGAAUUAUUGAUUCCAAACUCCUAUUUCUUGCAGAAAAUUUAUGUCUUAGUUUUAUUUUACUUUACUAGAAACUAAAUAAAAUACCUGUUAAUAUUUUGUGUUUUUGAAUUGAAGCCAAUGUGGGUAACAACAAGCCUAAGCUAAAAGACUGAGGCCAACAUGGAGAUGGUUACUGGGAUUUGGGGGUUUUGUGUAUAUGUUGCAGGGUAAAAGUACAUGUCAUUUUUAAUAUGAGAGAAAAUGUGAUCUAUGAAGUUCAAAUAAUAUAUUGAUUUCUUGUGAAUAUUUAAAACCUGAAUUUCUUUUGAUAACUGAGUUUUCUUAGUGAGCUAAGUGGAGUUCCUUUAGUUUGGGGGUAGAUAACCAUGUGUAGUGAAGAGCACUAGUUGACAUGCUCCUGGUUGUGACUGAGACCAAACUCUUCUUGUCUCCAUAUCUUCGUCCUUCUCACAUGUGCCUUUAAUCUUGCCUCAGACAACCGUCAGUCCAUUUAUCUGUUUUUCCAUGUGUCAUACAUCUAGAUUAUUUUUCCAUCAGAGUAGUGACAAUUUUCCUCCAAUCAGUUCUAAGGUUUACAUGAUGUUAAUCCUGCCUACAAGAACUCAGAUCUUUCCCUCAGUCAUGUUUCAGCAGAACUCUUGAGCCAAAGAUAUGCUGAAAAUGUUCUGAAAUCUUUAAAUUUUUCUCUUCAAUUGUUUGAGAGUUAAAUGAUGAAAAGCCAUUCUUCAAAAAGGUGCCAUUUGAGAAAAGUCUAUGUUUAGCAUUUUGAUGAAGAUUUCAUCAAAUAAAGGUUUUGUAUUCCAGCUGAAUCUCAAUGCGUGAAACAGUAUAUAGUCACUCUAUCCACACAGAGAUGGCUCUGGGUGGAAAUAUUUCGCCUGGGUUUCUGUCUGGGCAGGUCUGAGGCAGAGUCAUCUCUCAAUACAAAUGCCAGCAGCCACACUGUGCCAUUGUCUUGAACUUUUUCCAUAUUUAGAAGGAAAAUCAGAAAUUAAAAAUGUUUGCAAAUGUGAAAUCUUAAUAAGUAGAGCACAAUAAAGCAGGGAUGGUUGUCAGUUUUUACAGCCUCGACACUGCAGCACAGUGACGUCUGGUAGGAGUGAAGAAUAUUAGCAGGACUUUUCCUAAUUUGCCUUCUACCUUAUGCUGGUAGAGGAAUACAAAAAGCUGGAAAUUAUCUCCAUGUUUCCUGAGAAAUAAAUAUAUGUUUCUUCCUGAAUCCUGUCUGACCUUUCCCAGACAAACUUCCUGAUGGAAAAGCUUUGUGUACAUCCUGACUUUGGAUCCAGUUCUUGACAAGACUUCCUUCUGCCCCCAGUUGACCAGUGGAGACCAGUGUGUGGUCCAGCAAAUGGCUCUGGGGUGGCUGUGGUUUUGUUGUUGGCUCGAUUCCAGUUUCUUCUCUUGAUGUGCCCUUGGGCAAGGGACUUGAAGAAAAUGAGAAGUGGCUAAAGAUUUGACUGUUAAUGCAGCUGUGUUGGUUAGACAUUGGUUGAAAACAGGAACUGAAAUUAAGGAGUUUCAAAUGGAACAGAAGCAGAAAUGUUCAGGAUGUUGAACAUUUCUGGUAAGAAACUUAAUUUAAUGCAGCAUCUAAAUGUAGUUGGGUAUGAGGACGUUAAAGUGGUUAAACUACUGAGACUGUUUGCUUAGUCCUAUGAAUUUCUUUCCCCCGUGCACAGUUCAUAAAUGUCUGAAUUCUUUACUUAUGUGUUUUGGAGGUUCAUGGAAAAAAAUAACUAUUUUUGAAAGCUCAGUUUAAAUUUUCUUUCCUUUCAAUAUUUCCAAGCAUAAGCUGUUUUUGUAUUGUCAUACAUGCUGGAUUUUCUUCUUUAUUCUUGAAUAAAAUAUUGAGUUUUGAGAAAGUUA